ACAGAGAUGCAUGCUUUGCCUUGCGCAAGAGCGUGAUGCGUGUGGGACGAAAAGGGGUUUCGAGGGGGAGUCCGCUCCUUCCUGCUGUCGUCUCCAUUUGCCCACAUCUGCAGUAUAGCCUAGAAUGCUACCAGCACAAACUUAAGAUGCCAAAACGAAACUCUCCGGAAGAGGGUCUGCCCCAGAAGAGAAAAGCUCCCAAGAAAGCUGCCUCAGCCCCAAGGAUUGCGUCCAAUGGUCACCGACUGCCAGACCCUCUACCGCAGGGGGUAAUUCUCACAGAUGUUACCAAGAAACAGUGGCGGUUGGGAUGUGCUGUGGGCCUAGGAGGAUUUGGGGAGAUCUACCUGGCCUCAGACCAAGUUUCAAAGCCUGUGACUGCGGACGCACCGUAUGUAGUAAAAAUAGAACCACACAGCAACGGCCCCCUCUUUGCAGAGAUGCACUUCUACUACAGGGUGGGCAAGCAAGAGCAGAUAAGUAACUGGAUUCGCAAGCAUCAGCUGGAUUACUUGGGAAUGCCACGUUUCAUGGGAUCUGGCUCACAUGACCACGCUGGCUCCCGCUAUCGUUUCAUGGUGAUGGAGAGAUUUGGGGAGGACUUACAAAAAGUGCUUGACCGUAGCAACCGGAUGUUACCUGUGAAAACUGCCUACACGAUCGGCAGACAUGUGAUAAACAUUCUAGAGUAUAUCCACAGCUUUGGCUACAUCCAUGCAGAUGUGAAGGCAUCAAACCUUUUGCUUGGCUAUGGGAAGGGCAAUGAAAACAAGGUGUAUCUUGUGGACUUUGGCUUGGCAUGCCGGUAUCGGUCGGAUGAUGGAACCCAUAAAGAGUACAAGGAAGACUUGCGAAAGGCUCAUGACGGCACUAUAGAAUUCACAAGCAGGGACGCACAUAUAGGAGCUCAUUCUCGUAGAGGAGAUUUGGAGAUAUUAGGCUACAACAUCUUGCAAUGGUUAUGUGGAAGGCUGCCCUGGGAGGACAACCUCAGGGACCCUGAAUAUGUCAGCCGACAAAAGUCCAGGUAUAUGGCAGACCUGCAAUCCUUGAUGAAAAGCUGCUUUCCUGGGAAACGACCACCUGCCGGCAUCAUGCCAUAUCUGCAGUACGUGGCAGGGAUGGAAUUUGACCAGGCACCAGACUACAAACGGCUACGGAAGGCCCUCGCAGAUGGCAUUCGGUCACAGGGCCAAGUAAGCGACGGUAUCCUGGAGUUCCCCCCACCAAAGAAAUCUCCGAAGCUAAAGAGGGUGGCAGAGGUGGAAAACAGUGCGAUGGAAAGCGAGCCAAGGCAGAAGAAAGUGGGCCGAUCUCCAGGGCACUACCCAAGUGCUAAAUGCCGAAAGACAUCAUCUACUGGCACAGGCAGUACAAAAGGAGCAAAUGAAAGUGGAGCAAAUGGAUAUUCUGGCAUUGGCCUGGAUAACCCAACACCAGCCAUGCUGCAGGUCCUACAACGGCGAUUGGAACUACAACAGCAAGAGUCUGCUCCCAGCAGUAAGAGCAAGCGGGGAAGUGCCUCCCCUACAUUGAAUGGAACACGAGAUCAGAAAGUCCAAACUGUCGUGUCCUUGGCUAAGAAGACAAGGCAGCGGCCUCUUUGCUCCACUGCAUCACAGACUUCUCCUGUUGACAGUGAUGAGGAUGGUGGAUGCAGCCCUGAAAUUUGACAAAACCCCAUCUGUGGGAUACUGUACAGGGGGGGAUACUGCACUGCUACUUGUAAAUAUUUAUUACCAUCAUCCUGUUUCAUGUUUGUGCUUUCAUUCUAAAACUUCCAGCUCUUGACAAUAAACAGUUUUAUCUUGUA